AUGAGGUUGAAGGUGUACCAGAACUACGAGAGCCUCUCCAGGUCACACGAGGAGUUGGAUAUGGAGUGCAAAAAAGUGGAGAGAAGAAGCACUUUCUACGAUUUCCGCUUCAACACAAGACUUGUCAAGUCAACAAUAGUUCAUUUUCAGGUAUAUAUCUAUUCCAACGUUAAUUUGGUUGAUAAACACUUGUAAAAGGAUUCAUGGUGACGUCAAGUGGGCCAGCAGGCUGUCCAAUCAAGUUAGAACUUUUCUUUUUAAUGAUUUUUACUCAUUAUUACCAGCACAAUGCCUUAGCAAUUUUUUUGAGGGAAAAGAUGUGCAUUGAACUUUAGGAGGAAUGUUUUAUUUUUCUUUUAAGUUGCUGCUAACAAGUUGUUUUUGUUGUUGUUACCUUCAUUUUUUUCAUAAUGCAUUGCACCUUGUUGUAUCAAGUAGUCUCUUACAACAAAACGCAUCUUGAUUACGGACUUCUUUCUUUUUGUAAGUGUAAUUGCAUAAGGGGAUUUAGCCCCAUCUCUGUGUGUGUGUGUGUGUGUGAGGAGGGUAAACACAGUAGACAAGCAUACCAAAAAAAAAAAGGAAGGAAAUGUUCAUGCUACAAAUGUUAGCCAUUUGCAUUUAUGUUCGUACUCUGCUUUGUAGAUGUUACGAGAUGUUUUAAGCUUUGACUGCUUUCUAUUUCAGUAGGUGAAGUUUCUAAUCCCUACUGCUUUUUCUUUCAGUAUAGAGUGUAACUGUAUUAACAUAACAUUGACUGCAGGUCCUGUGAUAAGUUUAGUUAGAUAUGCUAGCUGAAGCUGUAGUUAUGUUUCUACAAUUAACACUCCUAUGAUAUAGGACAACACUGCAAUACUAUCCUUUCGUCAGGGCCCAUAAGCAGGUGGAUGAGCAUCCUCAGCAGCUGGCGCUGUUAUCACGACAUCUGUGGAAUAUGGUAUGCUGAGGGACCUUGUUUGGGCCACAUCUAAGCAUGAUAUCUACAUGACACAUAACUAUUCAAUGAUGCACUGGUCUUCUCUUCUUCAAAGAGGGAAAGAAGUGCUCAAUGUGGUAGGGCAUGUAUUUCCAAAGCAGAAAGUCCAUGGAGCUCGGCCAUUGUCCAGAAUGCAGAUCAGCACAAUGGCUGUAAAAGACAAUCUUGUGGUAGCUGGUGGUUUUCGGGGCGAACUGAUUUGCAAGUACGUUGAUCAACCUGGAGUGGCAUUCUGUACAAAUGUUACUGACAAUGAUGAUUCCAUCACUAAUUCUGUAGACGUGUACCAGUCUGCUAAUGGCUCUACACAAGUGAUGGCUGCGAACAAUGAUUGUGUUGUCAGAGUUUUUGAUUCUGAGAUAUUCAAGCUACUUAGCCGAUUUACAUUCCCGUGGUCGGUCAAUAACAUCUCGGUGAGUCCUGAUGGCAAGCUUCUAUCUGUUCUUGGCGACAACUCUGAUUGUUUGAUAGCUGAUCCUCAGUCAGGCAAAGAAAUCGCAAACCUCAAGGGACAUCUGGAUUACUCAUUCUCAUCCGCCUGGCACCCUGACGGCCAUGUCCUCGCCACCGGGAACCAGGACACCACAUGCCGGCUGUGGGACAUCCGCAACCUCUCGCAGUCCUUCGCGGUGCUGAAGGGGAGGAUCAGCGCGAUCAGGGGGCUCAAAUUCUCAUCAGACGGCCACUUCCUGGCGAUGUCGGAGGCGGCAGACUUCGUUCACGUGUACGACUCGCAGUCUGAUUACUCGAGCGUGCAGGAAAUCGACAUCUUUGGAGAGAUUGCUGGCAUAUCAUUCAGCCCAGACGCGGAGGCCUUGUUUGUAGGUGUUGCGGACCGGACGUAUGGCAGCUUGAUUGAGUUCAGCAGGAGGCAUCGGCACAACUACUUGGAUUCCUAUCUAUGAAACUGCAAGGCGCCAGUGCUGUAGGUGUGCACUUGGACGUUGUACAUGAAGAUGCAGCAGGGAGUUGGCACCCAGAAAUAUGGGCGUGGCGUUUCUUAUGUAGCAGGAGUGACUAUGCAUGCCUUUCUCGAAUGCUCUGUAAGCAAAGAAUGGUAAGUUAUGCAAGUCUUUGCCAGUCAUCAA